CAGCGAAAGGCAGCCGUCCCAGCUCGACUGCUUGCCUCAGCAGAGGCAGCAGUCGUGAGAAUCUGGGCAGCGGAGCGGAGGAGAGGAGGUGUGGUGGUCUCGAUCAUGGCGAGCUCUUCCGACCCCGACAAGCUCAUGACCAAAGCCGACAAACUAACAAAAUUGAGCUUUACAAGGUGGAAUGCUGACUGGAAAAGUGCUACUUCCCUGUAUGAGCAAGCUGCAAUUGCGUAUAGGUUCAGAAAGGACAAUGAGAAAGCAAAAGAUGCGUUUGAGAAGGCUUCAAAAGGACAAGAAAUGAUCUCCUCACCAUGGGAUGCCGCUAAGCAUAUGGAAUCUGCUGCUGCUUUAGCAAAGGAGCUUGCACGCUGGAAUGAAGUUUCUGAUUUUUAUCGCAGAGCUUCAGAGUUAUAUCGUGAAUGUGGAAGACCACAACCUGCGUCUGAUGCUCUUGGAAAGGGUGCAAGUGCCUUGGAGGAAAAGGCUCCAGAAGAAGCUACCAAAAUGUAUGAUGAGGCUUGCUCAGUUCUUGAAGAGGAUGGGAAGGAGCAGAUGGCUUUUGACUUGUAUCGUGCUGCUGCAGCUUUGUAUAUUAAGCUUGAGAAGUAUUCGGAUGCUGCAGCAUUCUUUUUAAGACUUGGUGCAGCUGCUGAUAAAUGCAAUGCCAGUAACAGCCAAUGCAAGGCUUAUCUGAGUGCAAUCAUUAUCUACCUUUUCGCCCAUGAUUUUCAGCAAGCUCAGAAAUGCUACAAUGACUGCUCAGAGGUUCAAGCCUUCCUCAACAGUGACCAGAAUCGAUGUGCGAUGAAACUAUUGUCUGCAUAUGAGGAAGGUGAUGCUGAAGAAAUCAAACGUGUUGCUCAAUCAAGCAUCUUCAAUCACCUCGACCAUGUGGUAAUUAGGCUUGCAAGGAAACUACCGACAGGUGAUCUGCAGGCCAUCAAGAAAGCAGCUGAUGACGGCGAGGAAUCCUUGGACGAGGAUGACCUAACUUAGCACCGAAUUCCCCAGGAAACGAUGCAGAGAGCAAACAAGUGAGGAUUUGAAGGACACUCAUAGUAAUCCAUGGAUGAAUUGGAACAGUUGUAAAAAAAAAGUAACGUGAAUUACAUACUAAAACUUGUGGGCGGCAUCUGUAUUAUGAAAUUUGCCACGUUCAAUUCUGUUGUUGCCCUACAUUUGUACUGGUUUGGUGGUAUUGAUUUUUUAUUGGUGUCUAUCUUGCCUGUGCUGUAUGAUUUGCACAAGUUCAGCAUGAUGUACAUGUUGUAGAAGCACAAACGAAUUCCACAGCUCUGAAUGAUUUGUACCUGUCCAGCAUGACAAUUUGUCAGUUAUGUUACAUGUUGUACCAUUAAUGUAGACGAUGUGGUAAUUUACCUA